AAAGCAACAGACCAUAAAAGACCCUCAACUUCCCCCCCUUGAUUUGCUCAACCGCCGAUCUUCUCCUCUCUCCGGUAUCCGAACCAGCAGAAAAGUUUCGAUUUUGCGAAGUGGGUUUUGAUCCUUUUGGCGCUCCUGCGUUCAUUUCGUCGAAUUCUCUGAAAAUGGGUUCUUCCGGAGAGAAGAAUAUUUUGGUCACCGGAGGGGCCGGAUUCAUCGGUACCCACACCGUUGUUCAGCUUCUGAAUGAGGGGUUUAGGGUUUCGAUCAUCGACAACCUGGACAAUUCUGUCGUCGACGCUAUCGAUAGGGUCAGGGAGCUUGUUGGUCCUGGUCUCUCUAAGAAGCUCGAGUUCAAUUUGGGUGAUCUAAGAAACAAAGGGGAUAUAGAGAAAAUCUUCUCUCGACAGAAAUUCGAUGCGGUGAUCCAUUUUGCCGGUCUUAAGGCUGUGGGAGAGAGCGUUGCAAAUCCUCGUCGCUAUUUCGACAAUAACUUGAUUGGAACGAUCAAUCUUUACGAGACCAUGGCGAAAUAUAACUGCAAAAUGAUGGUGUUUUCAUCAUCUGCAACUGUCUAUGGCCAACCAGAAAAAAUCCCCUGCAUGGAAGACUUUGAUUUGAAGGCUAUGAAUCCCUAUGGUCGUACUAAGCUAUUUCUUGAAGAAAUAGCUAGAGAUAUACAAAAGGCAGAACCAGAAUGGAGAAUCAUCCUUUUGAGGUACUUCAAUCCGGUUGGAGCCCACGAGAGUGGCAGAAUCGGGGAGGAUCCAAAGGGUAUCCCCAAUAAUCUCAUGCCUUACAUCCAACAAGUGGCUGUUGGAAGAUUACCUGAACUCAAUGUCUAUGGUCACGACUAUCCUACCGAGGAUGGUAGCGCGGUCAGAGACUACAUCCAUGUAAUGGACUUAGCAGAUGGUCACAUUGCUGCACUGAGGAAACUCUUUGCAGAUCCAGAGAUUGGCUGUACUGCUUGUAAUCUGGGGACUGGAAGAGGAACAUCAGUGUUACAAAUGGUUUCUGCCUUCGAGAAAGCUUCUGGAAAGAAAAUCCCUGUAAAGCUCUGCCCGAGAAGGCCGGGAGAUGCAACUGCUGUUUAUGCUUCGACAGAGAAAGCUCUGAAAGAACUUGGCUGGAAGGCAAAAUAUGGAGUGGAGGAAAUGUGCAGAGACCAGUGGAAUUGGGCAAGCAGGAAUCCAUGGGGUUACCAGAAAAGGCCUUGAAUCUUGGUCUUUUAUUCCCCUUUUUAACCACAUCUCUACAUAAAUAUCAUAUAAAAUGUGCUCUAUUUUCUUUUUCUUUUCCAUGUCCUGGUAUCAUUUUUCACAAUUUCUCAAUUGGCACUAAUAAAAGUCUGGCCAAGUUUCCAUAC